GUCAACAUCCAAAGUUUUAAAAUCAGCUGAUGAGUGUAUCUCAGUGGUUAGUUGCUUCGAAUUUAGUGGACCGCAGCAUUUCAGUUGCAAAGAAUCCCGAAGUGUCUAGCAAAGCGAACCAUUAACUGUGCCAUUUCUUCACUUUCUCUGUGCUCAACCCUGACCCGGAAAGUUUGUGCAAUUCAUCCCAACCAUCAGCGCACUGCGUAAAUGAACAGGAUGGCACGCGCCGGUUUCCGAAUUGCUCUGCUUCAGCUAAAAGUCGGAGCCGACAAGGCACAAAACAUCGAAAACGCGCUGGCCAAAAUACGCUCCGCCGUGGCAGACAAGGGUGCUCGCGUGGUAGCGCUGCCCGAAUGUUUCAAUUCCCCGUACGGUACGCAACACUUUCCGGCGUACGCGGAAGAGAUACCGUCCGGUGAGACGAGCCGCAGCCUGGCGGCAAUCGCGAAAGAGCUCGGCAUCUAUCUGAUCGGCGGUACAAUUCCGGAAAAAUGCCGCACGGACAGCAAGCUGUACAACACCUGUACCGUGUGGUCGCCGGAAGGGUCCCUGCUGGCGACGUACCGCAAAAUCCAUCUGUUCGACAUCAACAUUCCGGGUGGGAUUACGUUCCGCGAGUCGGACGUCCUGACCGGCGGCAGCACACUGGCGACGGUGGCCAUCGACGGGGCGAAGGUUGGCCUUGGCAUCUGCUACGACAUGCGGUUCGACGAGCUGGCAAGGCUGUACCGCAAUCAGGGCUGCGAUAUGCUGAUCUACCCGGGCGCGUUCAACAUGAAGACGGGCCCGCUGCACUGGGAGCUGUUGGCGCGGGGCCGUGCGAACGAUACGCAAUCGUACGUGGCGACCAUUUCGCCGGCACGCGACCCAGCCGCCGGGUACGUUGCCUGGGGCCAUUCGAUGGUGGUCGACCCGUGGGCCAAGGUCGUCGCCGAGGCGAACGAGGAGGAAGCGACCGUUGUCGCCGAUGUGAAUCUCCAGACGGUGGAUGAAGUACGGGCACAGAUUCCAAUAUUUAGCCAGCGGCGCACUGACCUGUACGCGACGAACGCACUGAAGAAGUAGUGCCGUGAAUGCCAUUUUGUAAAAAACAAAACGUUGUUGAAAAUAUACAGUCAUGUUUUAUGCAUGUUUUUAAACCUAA